UGCAUAUUCAUGUUAAUUUGGAAAAAAUAAACCCGCACCACUCUCCUCUUUCUCUCAACCCUAACCCCCACCUUCUCUCAUAAUCAUCUUCUACUCUUCUCUCACUUCUCAGAUUGAAAGUUCCAGAUCUACUCCCACGGUCGAAUAUUUCCUUCAAUUUCAAGAAAUACAACAAAUUGUAAACGAAAUUAAAGAAUUUGAGGUUGAAAGAAAUGAUCUUUGAUCAUUUGCAUGCAAGAGCUUUCCAGUACACUCCUCAGGGGAGAACCAUUGUUGGACCUGCUGAGAAUGUCAAGAGUAUCACUAAAACUCAUCUCCAUGAUGUCAUUGUCGCCUCUGGAGUUGUUAAAGACGAGGAUGCUGUAGCGCUUGUAGACUUUUUUUUUACAAAGUUUUCAACAGAUCCAACCAUCGUUGCUCAAUUAGUUGUCCAGGAACCAACCUCAUUCACUGGUUCGGAGGUUAGAAUAAUUGAUGAUGAUAUUGAGUUGGCUCACUUUACUGUUGCCUUCAUUGGAACAUCAUACACAGAUUCGAUGAUUUCGCCUUGAUGAUUAUGAAGCCAAUGUUGAGCUCCUGGACCAAAAAGGCUAGUGGCGGAAACCAUAUGGGAUCGUCCAGGGAGCGUUGAAGCUUUCUUCUUCUCCAAAGUUUUCUUGAGAAGAUCAAGGCAAGGCCCGACAGCCCUCAACAAGAGGAGUGUAAGGAGCAACAUGAGAAGGAAGGCAAGGACACUUGAGCUUCGUAUAAGUUACUAUCACUAUUAGAUCCUAGUUUUUCUAGGUUAUAGUAGAUACAAUUUGUAUUUUUUAUGAUAUUUUGGACUAUUUAGUUAGUAACAUUUAUAUACUAUGGAAUUUGGUUAGUAACUUUAUCAUGUACUAUGGAUAAUUAGUAACAUUAUCGUGUUUGAUGGAUUUUAACUAUGUACUUCUAGAUUUGUAUAAGUUAAUUUAAAUGUUACAUUGAUCGGAUACCAAUUAUUCAAAAUUCAGGUUUCAUUGA